UUAGCAAUAUUAUGUUCUCAGAUUCCAUUGCCAACGUUCCCAUGAAACACAAAAAAAAAAAAAAAAUAUUUUGUUCUAUCGAAUUUUUGAAGAAAAUGGUUCAUUUUAGCUGUCAGAUAAAGUAAAGUAGAUUUUUGCUUUUGAUUUUCAUUCCAAUUUCGUGUUUUAAUAUACAUAUAUACGGAAAUAAUUAUAUAUUUUUUUUUUUGAAAUUUUGCUCCGCUGGAAUCGAUUGCAACCGUGUUGUGUGAAGGCGAUCUAUCGGAACGGUGACAGACGGAACGGCGAAAGUUUUCUAUGACGAUGAGAAGUCGAAUUUUUGGAUUUUUUCGCGUGACAAGUUCGUUGUGAAAAAACGGAGGCAGAAAUCCAACAAUAUUGUUAAGAGCCUUGUGCUAGCAAUUGACAACGAGUGCGCUACUUAGGCGGGUGCGGGCGGUGCAAGUUGGGUGUGAAAUCGCAAAAAAUCAAUUGCCUUGCCUCAAUUUUAUCUCCUCUCGUCGUCGUCGUCGUCGUCGAUUCUUUUUGCGUGUGUGAAAAAAAUAGAAAAGAAAAGAAAGAAAGAAAACGAAAAAGAAGAAUACAAAAAGAAGAAAAUAGAAAAAGGAAAAUCAAAAGCAAAGGCAGCUGAAAAAGAGGAAAAAAAAAAGCCCCACACACACACACACAUACACACGUAAAAUAAAAGUACGAAAAAGUCAGCAGGCCACACACGGAAAAAGCAAAAAAAACGAAAAAAAAAUAGCAUAUUGAAAAAGGCAAAGAAAACGACGAGCAGCAGAGCAUCGACGAGAAGUUGAGAAGAAAAUGUGCAGGAGCAGGGGCGGAGGAGCAGGAGCCGUAUCCGUAUCCAAAUCCGUAUCCGAAUCUGAAGUAGCACCACCAGCACCAGUACUAGAACCAGUACCAGUACCAGCAGCAGCCGAAGCAGAAUCAGCAGCCGUAUAAAUAAUUAAUAGCACAGAAGCUAAAAAAGCUAAGGCCUAAAGUGUUGCAGUCACAUUUUUGGGUUCGAAUAGGAUUAUAUCGCAAUAUCGCAGUGAAAAUCAAAUUUUCCAAAUAGAAAGAAGAGCCUCCUCUCUCUCCGCUCUUUGGCUCUCUCUCUCUCUGUCUCUCUCGCUCCGCCAACUGGGUGUGUGUGUAUGUGUGUGUCCGUGUGAGUGUGCCGCGUGCGAGUGUGUGUGUGGGUGACUCGAAAGAGCAACAAAAAAAAAGUAUAUUAAAAAAAAAAGCAACAAAAAAGAGGAAGAAAAAAAAAAUAACUAAACCGACUGUGUCUUUGUGUGGAUUUUCUUGAUAAUUGCAACAUACGUUACCAUGGAAUACUACCUAGGAGGAUAUGUGUACAUGAACGGAGAUGCAGUCAAGAUCCAGCAGCCCGUCUACACCAAUGUUCCUGUCGAGACGGCGAUGCUAGCCACUAAUCUGUUCGGCGCCACCACACAGAUCGCAGCCCCAGCCGCCGCCGCAGCAGCCCACAUACCGUUGAUAACCGCCGCCAGCGCCGCCGCAGCAGCUGCAGCGCCACCAACCGUAGUAGCACCAGCUCAGCAUCCGCAGCAGCAUCCACAACAGCCGAAUCAGACGCCGCAGAUUUCUCACCAACAACAACAACAACAGCAGCAGCAACAGCAACAGCAGGUGCAGCAGCAGCAGCAGCCCCACCCACAUCAAGCGCAACUUAUCGCGCACACACACGCCGCCCACCAGCAACAACAACAACUUCCGACUCAGAUUCAGGCCCAUCCCGCCCAACACUUGCCGUACGGCCAUCAGCCGGCGCCUCCUAGCACUGCAGCAGGUGCUGGAGCUGGAGCAACAGCCGCCGGAGCAGGAGUAGCGGCGGUAGCCGGAGUAGGAGGAGUUGGUGGAGUUGCCACCGGUGAGACAAGCAUCGAUAACGCCGAAUUUGCCGCCAUCAUGAAUGGAGCGCUUGCCCAGACCCAAGAUGGCACUGUCGUCUGCUAUACCGAUGCAAUGGUACCUGGUGUCCAAAACACGAAUUUAGUCGCCCUUGAGCCGCAACCCCAACAUAUUGUAUUGCCAGUGCAGGUACCUGUACAAGUCCCAGUGCCCGUUCAGUUGCCGGUUACGGUGCCAACGGUUCAGGCAGUUCCGGCCAACGGAUCAGCGGAACAACAUCAACAGAUGCAGCAGCAACUACAGCAAGGACAGCCGGGUAGCCAUAAUGCCACUGCUGGAGAAGAUCCCAACAUACCAAUGGACAAGCUCAAGCAGAUGCUGGCUACUCAGCUCGAGUAUUACUUUUCCAGAGAAAAUCUGGCGAACGAUUCAUACCUACUGUCGCAGAUGGAUCAUGACCAGUAUGUGCCCAUCUGGACGGUGGCCAAGUUUAAUUUGGUGAAGAAACUAACCAAGGACCUCAAUCUCAUUACGGAGGUGCUAAGGGAAUCCCCCAAUGUACAGGUUGACGAGAAGGGCUUGCGCGUGCGCCCCAAUCGCAAGCGUUGCAUCAUCAUACUUCGCGAAAUAUCUCCCAACACGCCACCAGAUGACGUCAAGGCCCUGUUCAGCAACGAAAGCUGCCCUAGACCGAUCUCCUGUGAGUUUGCGGGGAACAACUCGUGGUAUGUGACCUUCGAGUCGGACGAGGAUGCGCAAAAGGCGUUCCAGUACCUGCGCGAGGAAGUCAAGGAGUUUCAGGGCAAGCCGAUAAUGGCGCGCAUCAAGCCAAAGUCGUUCAUUAAUCGCAUCCAAACUGUACCAAAUGUUAAGAACGGCUACCGUCUCACGUCGCCGCCGACUGCCACCGUCUAUGAUCCAUCCGGAGCAGGCACUGCACCCGUUAGCUAUGCUCCACAGCAGCGCUACAUAUACACCGCCAAUGGAGCGGCCAUCGCACCCACAGUUCCAUAUAGCAAUCAAGUGUUGAUUCCGAUUCAGCAAAAUCAGUUCUAUCCCAGCAUUGUGGCUGGGCCAUGGCCACCGGGAACAGUGGCAACCACUGCCCCGCAUGGCCAGAACUUCUACGAUAUCGGGGGAAACCUCUUCGCAGCACCGCAGGCCGUGGCAGCUAGCUUCACGACCGCUCCUCCGCCCGCCACCCAGCAGAUGGUUACAUCCAAGCCACCAGGUGGGGGCGGUGGUCGCUACAAUAACAACAACCAUCGCGGUAAUCCCAACAAUGUUGGGGGAGCGAACUCAGGACCACGAGGAGAGUCAAGAGGCAAGCCACCGCGCAACACUCAGAAUCCACCGCACCUCCAGGCCGGCAGCAUCGUGCCGAUCCAGAUAACUGGCGCCAUUCCGGGUGGAAUGGUGAGCGUACUGCCUGCAAACAUAGUGCAGGGUGAUCCUCUCCAGCAGGCCGCACUGCAGGCGCCACAGCAGCCGCAGGCAGUGCAACAUCAGAUCCAACAGCAGUCGGCUGGUUCCACUCAACAGCAGCAGCAGCAGGCAGGUCAGGUCAACACCACCAUUCGCCACUAUCCUGUCAAGGGCAACUGGAAGAGUGGCAUGCAGAAGAAUUUGGACAAAAAUUACAGCGGCGGGGUAGCCGGGCAUCAUCACUACGGCAGUCAGGUGCAGGUCCAUCAUCUGCAGCCCCAGCAGCAGCAACAGGGACAAUAUCAGUUGGCUUCCUCUGGUGCCGGCAGUGCACCGCAAGUAUCCUAUGCCACAGCUCAGGCACCACAGCACCACAUAGUGGUGCAGCAGGCGCCGCAGCCGCAGCCGCAGCCACAACAGCAACAGCAACAGCAGGUGCAGCAGCAACAGACGGUCCAAGAGUUGCAGGAGCCUGGGGACAGUGUCGAGCAUGGCUCGCACGCCAUGCAGCAGCAGAAUCGCAGCAGCAACAUGUCGGCCAGCUCGUCGUCAUCGCUGGCUACCUCGAUCAGCAAGGAGCCGCUGCACUGGCAGUCGCGUCCGCGUCGUCGUCGUCGUGAUGAGGAGGGCGGAAACGGCAUCAACUACUCUCCAGGCGGUCGAGUUGGGCUUUAUGGCAGCUCUCCGUCUAAUCCGCAUCAACAGCAGCAGCAACACCUGCUGUCCUCGUCCUCAUCGUCCGCCACCAAUGUCCAAUCUGGCGGAGGCGGAGGUGGCCAUGGUAGCGGCGGCUCCCAUCGUGGUGGCGGGGAGCGCGGAGAAAAUAACUACAACACCACACCCAUCCACGACGUCCCACCGCCCCAGCACCGGGGCAACUACAAGGGUAACAACUACAACCCGCACUAUCAUGCCCAGCACUCGUCAAUGGCGAGCGGCUCCCACCACCACCACCAGCACCACCAACAACAGCAACAGCAUCAUCAGCAGCAGCACCACCACAGCGGCCUAUCCUCGCAGCAACAGCUGCACCACUACCACCCGCAUCACCACCACCAUCAUAACUCGAUCGGCAGCAAUGUGGGCAACAGCGGUGGCUUAGGCGUCAGCAGUGGCGGCGCAUCGGGUGGUGGUGGCGGAGGAUCGGGAAAUAAUAGCAUGUCGGGCGGCAAUUCGCUGGGCUAUCAGGGCCACCAGCAUCAGCACCAGCAGCAACAGCAACAACAGCAGCAGCAACAGCAACAACCGCCGGCUCCAGUCCAGCCGCCGCAGUUCGAUCUUGAGGCGUCCGCUUUCCCACCGCUCCCAGCCACCACUCAGGCUAGCAGCAAUGCCUCUCUGCAGAAUAACAGCUCCUCCAGCGCUAAUUCGGCUCCAAAGCAAGCUUUGCAGCAACAGCAUCAUUACCAGCAGCAGCAGCAGCAACAGCAGCACCAUCACCACCACCAGAUGAGCAGCAGCGUUGAGAGCGUGGAACAACAGUCCGUGGAGGGAAGUGGUGCUGGUGCUGUACAGCAACAGGGCAAUAGUUCCUCCAACUGGUCCGAGAACCGUCUAUCUGAUGUGGUGCGUACUGGCGGUGGAAAAGGCAAGGCCCGCAAGGAAAACCGCCACCACCAGGGUCAGAACCCGCCCCACAACUAUCAGCAACAGCAACAGCAACAACAGCAGCAGCGAAAUCAUCCAGUUAGCCCCACGCCCGUUGUGAGCGCUGAGCUCCUGGAGGGCAACCAUACCAAGAACGUUACUAAGCAGAGCUCCAGUAACAACAGUUCGAUCCAUGUGAUAAAGUGUCAAACACCAAAUAUCAAUGCCAGCAACAAAGAGGAUGCAGUCGCAGGAGGAGGAGGAGGAGGAGCUGGCAGCCAGCUGGAAAAAUCAAAUAAGACUGAGGAUGAAGUGCAUCCAAAACAGCAGCAGCAGCGACUGAUAGAGGGUUACAACGAGUUCUCUGCGGGCGCUGGCGCUGGCGCCUGCCCCGUAGUGGAUGCUUCGGGUAUGACUGCCGCUAUGGCCGAUUGCAGUCUUGGCCAGCACAAGAAGCCGCCCGCAGUGGCUGCUCUGCACGCUAAAAAGGAGCUUAAUCUCCUCGACAAGCAGGCUUCCGGCAAACACAAGAGCGUGGCCACCUCUACAUCGACGGAGAACUUAUCGGCCGCCGCCACAGCUAGCAAGCUAAGCUACGCCCAGGUGGCCCAGCACCACAAGGCUCCAUCAGAGAGCAAGGAGAUGAGCUCGGGUGGCUCGACAGGCACCCUCUCGCCCACCGGCAGCCAUAAAAUGGAUCUAGUAUUUGGCGAUCCCGCCGCUGUUACAGCGGCCGUGGAGAAGAGCGGACUGAACGCUGUUGUGGCUGAGAAGCGGGUCGCCGGCGGCGCCUCGCCAGCUGUCACAGCCCUGGCCGGAAAAGCAGUCAUUGGCGUUGUUGCCCCUGCUACCAACAAUAAUGCCACCCAACCCAAUAUAGCUGUCGUCGUGACUGCCAAGGAAAAAGAUGCUCGUCCAAAUGCUACGCAGAAUGCCUCGCCCAUGGCCCACGGCGGAUCCGUGCGCCAUCAGAGCAAGGAGAAGCACCAGCAGCAACAUUAUAGCUCUGCCAUAGAGCACCCGAAUGCCAAUGCCAAUGUCGGCUCCGGAACUGGCGGUAACCGCAAGUCCAGAGCCAACAACUCAUAAGGAGUGGAGGAGGAUAAGAGGAGAGUGGAUAUGGAACCAUAAACAGUGAAGAGAAGUGAAGAGAGACGAACCAAUCGCGUUGCCAAAAGUGAGAGGCAACUGUGAGAUACCUUUUGCAGGAUGCCUCUAAGAAUGCAUCAUCUGCUGCCUGUACAUAUAUGAAAUUCCAUGUGUAAAUAUGAGCAACCAUUUUUGUUAUAUAUCUGUAAGUGCUAUAGAUAUUUACAAGCUAACUAGGAGGCAAACGAAAGCAGUCACCGGUGCACUGCUCUGUGAAAGACUUGAAACGAAAGGACACGGGAAGGAGUAGAGGAAAUCGAACCAAGGAGCAAGCAACCGGCGACGCUCGGACCAGUUAUCAUAUUAGUAGGCAAGGAUGUAGAAUGAAUGAUGGUGCAUACCCCUUCUUCAGCUAUAUACAUGCAUAUGUGUAUAAUAACAUACGUAUAUAUAUACAUAUAUAUAUAUAGACAUAUAUAUAUAUAUUAUUCAGUUAUCAGUUAAUGUUAAUCUACCUAGGCCUAAGCCAUGUUACCUAUCCUCGAGGGUACACACACACACACAUUUACACACGCCCACACAGAGAAAACACACAUAGAUACAUAGUUUUGCGCUGCUCGGUAGCGAAGGAAACUAUAGACAGAAAUGAGAUAAAGAAAAAUACGCCUAGGCUAUCUUUACGAUUUACCAUUAACGAGGAUAGAUGUCGAGUGAAUCAAUCUAAGGAACUUUGAACUUAUGUGUAGUAGAAGGAACUUGCAUCAAAACGACAAAAACAAAACUAAAGCAAGCUUACAAGCCAAGCAAAAAUUAAUCAUAAGCAUUGAGAGAGGGGGAUAAGAAGGAGGUUAAGGAGUAACGAAAUACUAGGUACUAUUAAUCAAAUAUUACCCGGUAAACUCAUAAAUCACGUUAAUAUUAUAUAUAUAUACGUUUAACAUUUCAUCAUUUUCAUUUAUGCCUACACAUCAGACUUAAUGUUUAUAGCCAAAACAGAAGUACACAGAUCCGAGUAUGUAGCGUAUAUGUUAACUAUAUACAUAGCUAUGUCUCCGCUAGUCCCGCAAGUUAGGGUUACUCCAAUUUAGAUAUAUAUAUUUAUAUAUAUACAUCUAUAUACAAUGUAACAAUUAUUUUGAAUUGUUAACAACGCGGUGGGGGAUGUUGCAGAACACCGUCUUCUGGCAUCAUCUCCGCCUGAAACGUAUUAUCAGAUAAUAUUGUUUUGAUCAAGGAUAUUGUUUUCUUUUUUUUUUUUCAAGGAUCGGGGGUGUCAUUAUUUGAAAGUUUUUCAAUUCAUUUCAAAUAAGAGAUAUAUGGCCAGCCCUCGAGAUAGAGAGAUGGGGAUUCUCGUACUUAGUUCACGACUUUAGGGAUCCCGCAUACACCCACAUAACACACUACUACUGACACACCUGGAAGACGCAUAGACACUACCUAUCCUAUCCCCUAAAAUACAUCCUCAGACAUCGAGUCUCGUGUUAGACUUUCAUUUUUGAUACUUAUAUCUUGUAUAGUGGAGGAGAACUUACAUUUUAAAAUUGCAUUUGUUUCCACAUGAAGGCAAUUUCUCAGUUUAAUGGUUUCACACAUCUAUUUCAGUAAACAAACAAACAAACAAGAAAGAAACAAAUACGAAGGUUAGCGAAUUGCUAAAAUACUAAACUUUAUCCUUACAAAGCGUAGGUGGACACCGCUCAGCUCAGCUCAGCUCAUAAGACAAAUACACUAACUAAUGUUAUAUUUACGGCUCUAUGCGCGGAACAAUAAGUAAUUUUGUAUAUAAUAUAUAUAUACGAAAAGGUGCCAUAAACUAAAACAACACUCACUAAAAUCAACACACAAAAAAAAAAAAAAAAAGAAUUCUUUGAGGUUUAGGACAACAACACAAAAUAGGCAUUUAAAACAGAUUUAAAACAGAUUCUUUAACUAAGUUUUACUGUCUCUCAAUUUUAAACAAAAAAAAAAGAUGCUGCUCCCCCCCCCCCCCGCUAAUUAUCGAUGCUCAUCACCAUAGAAUUAUAUACUAUAUAUUAUAUAAUUUUGAGAGUAGGAAUACGUAUGUUUUAAUUAUUGUUUUUCAUUUUAUUGUUUUUUUUUUCGCACAAAACUUUUAAUCCGGCAUGUAAACUAAUCCCUAAUCGGCAAAAAGGGACAAAAAGAGAGAGAAAAAAAUAAUCAGUAACUUUAAGAUACACCCACACACACACCAAUACACAUACACCAACACACAUGAUAUCUACAAACUAUUUUAGGCUUAAGAACUAAGUUUAGAUAUGCAUACCACACAUAUGGAUAUUCACACUUAAAACGAUGAUUUGUUCAUGUAACGAUUUAACCAAAAUUUGAGAACAAGCUUCUUUCCACCCACUUCCAGACCAAAUCAAAACGAACCAUUAUUAUUUUUCACAAUUAUUUUGUUUAUAUAAGAAGACACAUACAUAUACAUGUUCCAGAAACCUUUAAAGGCCGAAAGAGUCGUAUUAUUUUUUUUU